AUGAGGUUCAAAUUUCCUCUCAUAGCUAUUUCCCUGGAAAUUACCAUGAUUGUUUUAUUUCAAUUAUUUGUUCAUUACGACACGGAGCAGAAGCCCAAUAGCAACAAGUCAACCAACGUGGACUUUGAGUUAUAUCCUUUAUUCCAAGAUGUACAUGUUAUGAUAUUUGUGGGGUUUGGCUUCCUCAUGACCUUUCUGAAGAAAUAUGGUUUCAGCAGUGUGGGCAUCAACCUACUUAUUGCUUCUCUGGGUCUCCAGUGGGGUACACUUGUACAAGGGCUCUUGCACACCCAUGGAAAUAAAAUUCAUGUUGGAAUCAAGAGCAUGAUAAAUGCAGACUUCAGCACAGCCACAGUUCUAAUUUCCUUUGGAGCUGUACUGGGAAAAAUAAGCCCAAUCCAAAUGUUGAUCAUGGCUAUUAUAGAAAUUACGGUCUUUGCUGGCAAUGAGCAUCUGGUUGUUGAGAUAUUUGAGGCAUCUGAUGUUGGAGCAUCAAUGACCAUCCAUGCUUUUGGAGCUUACUUUGGCUUGGCAGUAGCAGGAGUCUUAUAUCGACCUGGCCUGAGAAGGGGACAUGACAAUGAGGAGUCUGUAUACCAUUCAGACUUGUUUGCAAUGAUUGGAACUCUUUUCCUGUGGAUGUUUUGGCCAAGUUUCAAUUCAGCUAUUGCUGACCCUGGAGAAAAACAGUACAAAGCCAUAAUAAAUACCUACUUCUCUCUUGCUGCCUGUGUGCUAGCAGCUUAUGCAUUCUCUAGCCUUGUGGAGCACCGAGGCAAGCUGGAUAUGGUUCAUAUUCAAAAUGCGACCCUAGCUGGAGGAGUUGCUGUGGGCACGUGUGCAGACAUGGAUAUCAACCCUUAUGGUUCCAUGAUCAUUGGGAGUAUUGCAGGAAUGGUCUCCGUCUUGGGAUUCAAGUUCCUGACUCCAUUUUUUGCUACUACACUGAGGAUCCAAGAUACAUGUGGAGUCCAUAACCUACAUGGCUUACCGGGUCUGAUAGGUGGUCUUGCAGGCAUCGUGGCUGUAGCUAUGGGAGCAUCUGACACGUCUACAGUGGCCAUGCAAGCAGCUGCUUUAGGUACUUCAGUUGGGACAGCGCUUGUUGGAGGACUGAUCACAGGUUUAAUUCUAAGGAUACCUAUUUGGGGACAGCCUUCUGAUCAGAACUGCUAUGAUGAUUCUGUUUAUUGGGAGUCUCCUGUUUUCCACCAUCUGCGAUCAAGUAAACCCAAAAGCAACAUCAAAGAAGCAAAUGGGACAAAACAGAUAGAUCCCGAGUCCGUUGCAUCUAGUCUAAAAUGUCUAAUCCUGGAGCAGUUCCCUGAAAAUCAAUGA